GCAGUCAUUGUUAUGCAGGGGAACUGACUGCAACACCAGGGAACACUCCUCCAUCCUGUCAAAUUUCAUGUCUUAUUUCCUCGCAUCGAAGGUUUAUCAGUGUUUUGCUCCAGCCCUUCUAUCGUGAUGGCGUCGUGAGUGAAGCCGAGGGGACAAUCUUCUCUGAGUCUGUGUCCUGGAGGUGUGCACGAGGGCUUGACUCACAGGUGACGUCAGAAACUGGUGCACAUCACGUCCCUGGCAGCCUCCUAUGUUCCCUCACGCCCCAGGAAAACUUCUGAUCACUGCGUCUGGUCUGAAUGAUUCCUGUCACGCAGCAUAGGAUGAGUACCCUGCUCGGUCCCUGGCGCUUAUAGUCAUUUUUGACAGAUGGGCGUGCGUUUCGGCAAGCAGCAAGGGAGGGUCGUGGCUGGGUGAGGCGAGGCGGUAUGGACGAGCAGCGGGAGGUGAGGUUGCCAUGCGGACACCAGUACCUGGCCGAGGGUCUGGGCGUGGCUAUCCUCACCUGCCCUACCUGCAAUGUCAACCACACGGUGGACCUCCGCGACGCCCACGACCUGCCCCCAGACCUCGACUUGCAGAAGCCCCGGCCGUGUCCUGUGCACGGCGACCCGCUCAGGAUGUGGUGCAAGGACUGCGAGGAGCCUGCCUGCGGCAUGUGUGGCUUUGACAAGCACCCCAUGCGUAGCCACAACGUGGUCAUGGCCACCACCUUCAUCAACUCCAUCAGGACGGACCUCCUCGGCCGCUCACACAGAAUGCUGCAUCAGGCGACCAAGGAAAUGGUCAAGAACGAGAACGCCUUCAUCGAGUGUGAGAAAAGGCUGCUCAGACUCUUCCAGGAUAGCCAGACGCUGCACCUCAUGGACAACGGCCUUCGCUCUCUGAUCCCCGCCAUGGAGGCCGCCACGGGGGUGCGGGCGCUGCACUUCGCCGAUAAGGAGCUCAAGAGGAUCCAGGCCGAAGCAUGGAAGAUCCCCAUCUCCGAAGAAACUGACGAGGGCGCCUCAUCCCGCCCACAGAUUCCCGUAGAGGCUGAGAGCAGCGGCAUGGGCGCCCUCAGCCUGUGGAUGGGCCAGGUUAGCGGCGGGCGGGCGCGGCUCAUGUGGCACGCUAACAAGCUGCUGCUGUGCGCCUUCUCUGGGCCCUCGCCGCACUCGCAACCCGUCCUGCAGCUGCUGGCGGUGCACUCCAUGGGUGUGCCGAAGUUCCCUGAGGUGUUCCUGGAGCUAAGCGUGGGCCCCGAGCCGCUGGGCAUCGUGUACAUCAAGCUGUGGGGGCACCUCCGCCGCGCACAGAAUUUCAUGCUCCUCUGUUUGGGCACACUCGGUCCUUCCUUCGUGGGCUCCCACCUGCUGUCCGUCACCAUGCGCGGCACCCCCAGUGAGGCCGUGGGGGCAGGGAUGUACCGCGACGCCAGGGGGGAGAUGAGCGCCAUGCCCCUCCUGACGACGCUGGAGUGGGGCGGAGAAUACCAGGUGCCGGAGACAAGGGGGUUGCUCGUGGCCAGCUCCGGGGGCAAGCCUGAGGUGGACUCCCUUUACAGCAUCGUCACGGGGAGCGGCUCGCAAGGCGCUGUCUGCCCCUGCAAGUUCGGCUGGGUGUCGUCUGGGCUGGAAUACCUGAGGGAGGCUGCGCGCUACGACCCCGUGGAGCAGGUGAGGGUGAGUCAGUGCGGUCUUGUCCUGCCGAAGUUGUAGCGGAUCACUCUGGCUCUGCAGGGGUGUGGGGAGACGGCUCACUCUGGCUCUGCAGGGGUGUGGGGAGACGGCUCACUCUGGCUCUGCAGGGGUGUGGGGAGACGGCUCACUCUGGCUCUGCAGGGUGUGGGGAGACGGCUCACUCUGGCUCUGCAGGGUGUAGGGAGACGGCUCACUCUGGCUCUGUUGAUGAUUCGGAGUUCGGAGUGUUGUGCGUUGCGACGUCACUCACCAGCGUCAGUGUGGUUGGUAUCGGUAUGAUGGACAUAACAAGUAAGGAGGAUUGAAUUCAUAGAAAACGGACUGAAGUGACUGAUAGCGUUUGCGUAGUGUAAGGACAUACCUGUUAACCUCCCUCACGAAACAGCGGUAAAUAAAAGCAGGUAGGGAGCUCCCGAGUUUACUAGAGUUUAUUUGGGAGCCACUGCUUUACAAGGACGUGAGAUGGCGGGUCACUUAAGCCCUACAGACUGGAGGUAUCAUCACAGGGACCUUGGCUGUGAUCUAUCAGGGGCCUUCUGCAUCGCCCGAGUCACGCGCAAGAAUUGUUGUGUUUACCCUGGCGAGACUGGCAGAGCACCACACACUGUACAAGCCUAGCGACCCACCACUGCCUUGACAAACUAUAAUGAACUUCUAUUUGCAUUGAUAUUAAAAAAAAGUUCCGUUAUUUUUGUAUUCCAAACGAAAAGCAGCCGCUAAAUGUGACUGUUGAACCUGAUUACUUUGUUGGCUUUGUUGAUUAGCUAACAAACGAUUAAAGAGUGGCUGGAACUGGCCCUAAAAAUUCCAGAACUGUUUUGAGUAAUAUUUAUCCCUCAUAAGGACAGGGUAUAGCUCAAUGUCUCCAAAGAUGUAUCAUAUAAAUUAAUGUGAACGUGUAUCUAUGCAGAAUAAAGUUUCAUUUCAA